CUUCUGACAUUUUUCUCCUCCGAAAAAAUAAAAACAAAAACCUCUCAGAAAAAUCCCUUCCCCCAUUAUUCAACUUCGAGCUCGAGCAACAAAUUCCACCCCCGAAAUUGGGCUCAUUCCAUUUUCCAAUUCGUUCGAUCGAUCCGUCAAUUCUUCAAUUGAGAUUACUGCGUCGAUUUUUUUUUUUGUGAUCGAUUACUCGGUUAGAUCAGUCGAUUACUCAGCUUCGAUCGAUUUCCCGGAGUGAGCGAAGGGGAAUUUUCCGGUAGGGAUGGAGCAGAGCAGGAGGGCGGUGGAGUCGUAUUGGAGGUCGAGAAUGGUGGACGCCGCCACCUCCGACGAGGAUAAGGUCGCUCCGGUUUACAAAUUGGAAGAGAUUUGCGAUUUGCUGAGGUCAUCGCACGUCUCCAUCGUUAAGGAAGUCUCUGAAUUUAUCCUCAAACGCCUCGACCACAAAUCGCCUAUUGUUAAGCAAAAGGCAUUAAGAGUCAUCAAAUAUGCCGUGGGAAAGUCAGGUGCGGAGUUCAGAAGGGAGAUGCAAAGGAACUCAGUUGCUGUACGUCAGUUGAUCCACUACAAAGGCCAACCAGAUCCUUUGAAGGGUGAUGCAUUAAACAAGGCUGUGCGUGAAACAGCACAGGAAACAUUAUCUUCUCUAUUUUCAUCAGAGGAGAGCAAAGCUGCACCCACAGAAAGUAGUCUUGGCAGUCGAAUUCAAGGAUUUGGGAAUACCAACUAUGAAAUGCCAUCAGAAGAUAAAAAGUCCUUCAUCAAUGAGGUUGUUGACAUGGGGAGUGCUACAAUAAAACAGGGACUAAGUAGUUUUACACAGUCCCCAUCCAUGAGGAGAAAUAACGACACUGGGAAUUAUAAAAGCCCUAAUCUCCGGCGAUCUUUGACGAGGGAAAGUGACUACUCUGACCGAUAUGAAGGGCCAGGAUCUCAUGAUGAAACUCAGAAUUCUUCUCGAUUCUCGAAAAAUGCUGGUUCUAAAAAUUGGGAUCAAACUGUCGGUGCAUCUCAGGCAGAAACAAGUAGUGGAGACUCUGGUUCAACUUUCAGUCAGAAGACUCGUGAGGAGAAAUUGCUUGAGACCAUUGUAACAUCAGGCGGUGUCCGUUUACAGCCUACUCGGGAUGCUAUUCAUGUUUUCCUGGUGGAGGCAUCAAAAUUAAAUGCAUUAUCAAUAGGGCAUGCCAUUGAGAAAAAACUGAGAUCCCCUAUGUGGCAGGUUCGCAUGAAAGCCCUGUGCGUCCUAGAGGCUGUAUUGAGGAAGAAAGACGAUGAUAAUUUUUCUGUUAUAUCAUCCUAUUUUAGUGACAACAGCGAUGUGGUGAUCCAGUGUUCUGAAUCUCCCCAAGCAUCUUUGAGGGAGAAAGCAAAUAAGGUUUUAAGUCUUCUAGAUGGCGAACAAAGUGGUGGAGGAAACAAUUAUGUAGCAAAAUCAGCGCCGCCGCCUCAGCCUAUAAUGAUGCCGGACUUGAUAGACACUGGUGAUUCAGAUGAUAUUCUUGGAGUUCAAGAUUCCAAAAAAGCAGAGUCCGAAUCAAGAGCUACAAACGCCACAACUUCUAAUCCUCCGCUUAUUGAUGACUUACUUGGGGGCAAUUUUGGUAUUGAGGAGAAUACAAACGGUCAGAAACUUGAUGAUGACCCUUUUGCAGAUGUCUCCUUUCACACCAGUCAAGAUAAAGGCCAUAUUACCGAUCCCUUUUCUGGUAUGGCUGUUGAAAAGUCGAGUACUAAGGAAACCCAUACAGCAGCUCCUAAAACUGAAUCCGAACCAUUUGACUUUUUCAACUCUAGUUCUGGAAAUGUUGAUGACUUGAUGGGAAGUUUGUCAGUAAAUGGGAAAGAUCCAUUUAAGAACGAGAACGGAAGCACUGUUGAGAAACGCUCGCAAAAUGUGAAUCCGUUAUCCAGUGUCUACCUAGACAAUAAAAUUCCGAACAGCAUCUUGAAUAGUGAAUCCGCCCCUCAAGCUACUGGGAUUAAUGCGUCACCCAUGUUUCCUAUGGGUACCAUGGGAUAUAAUAUUCCACCUGGCAUGAUGUUUAAUCCGGCAUUUGCUUCUCAAGCGAUGAAUUAUGGUGCCAUGGGGAGUCUCUUUGCUCAACAGCAGUUCCUCGCUACUAUGUCCAACUUUCAGCAAUUUGGGAAUCUGCAAUCAAAUCCAAAUAUUAAUGCUGCUGCACCUACCGGAGAAAAUUCGGCCUUUCCCGACAUUUUUAAUCCAGUUCUGGCUUCCCAACCUCCCACGUCACUGAUGAAUGACUCGAAGAGAGAUGACACCAGAGCAUUCGAUUUCAUCUCGGAUCAUGUGGCCGCAGCUCGUGACCCGAAGCGCGUCUGAGUUGAGAAAAUAUUGUUUGUUUUGAAGCUAUGGAGUUGGAAGUCGAGUCAAAAAAACGAACAGGUGAACAUAAGAUUCGAAGCGUACCUUUUGGAAGUUCUUUGCAUGUUUGCAUUAUUGUGAGGCCAAAUUCAAUGGAUUGAGAUAUUAUAGUUUUCCUUAUUGUGCAGCUAUCAUUUGUUUUCCCCCCCGAUAAUAAACCGUGUAGAUUAUUUUGGUUACUUGCGUCAUUUUCUCUUAAUUUAUUCUCUUUCAUUGUGCGCACCUUUAAAUGUGGAGAUACAGAAGAUACAUACACUUCUAUCCUGGAAGAAGAUCAUCAGAAAGCAGGUGUUGGGAAACUAUUAUAUCCUUUACUUGGUUAAUUAUAAAUCAAUUUUAUUGCUUUUCUUUAUUA